AUGUCGAUUUGCUCGUCGUCGUCGUCGUCGUCGUCGUCGUCGUCGUCGUCGUCUGGGUCUUGGAGCAGCACCAAGGCAUGGAUCGUCCACGGAAUCGUCGCCGGAGUUGCAAUUGCGGUGGCAAUUGGCGCCCGGGUUUACUUGGGUCCGCCAAAGAAGUUUCGGAGCCGGGUUGUCGGUAUCAUCCCCGCCCGUUUCGCUUCUUCACGUUUCCAGGGCAAGCCUCUCGCUCAGAUCCUCGGAAAGCCCAUGAUCCAGAGAACAUGGGAAAGGGCAAAACUGGCAACUACACUGGAUCAUGUUGUUGUUGCGACAGACGAUGAGAAGAUUCGAGAAUGUUGUCGCAGUUUUGGAGCUGAUGUCAUAAUGACCUCAGAAUCCUGCAGGAAUGGUACUGAGCGUUGUUCUGAAGCAAUUCAAAAGCUUGAGAAGAAGUAUGAUAUAGUUGUCAAUAUUCAGGGGGAUGAGCCUCUUAUUGAACCUGAGAUAAUAGAUGGAAUUGUUAAAGCUUUGCAGGAAGCCCCAGAUGCAGUGUUUAGCACUGCAGUCACAUCAUUAAAACUUGAAGACGCAUUUGAUCCAAAUCGAGUGAAAUGUGUGGUUGACAAUUCUGGUUAUGCCAUCUAUUUUUCAAGGGGAUUGAUUCCAUUUAACAAGUCAGGCAAGGCCAAUCCACAGUUUCCCUAUAUGCUUCAUCUAGGAAUUCAGAGCUAUGAUACAAGGUUCCUAAAAAUAUAUCCUCAGCUUGAACCUACUCCUUUGCAACUAGAAGAGGAUCUGGAGCAGCUUAAAGUCCUUGAAAAUGGGUAUAAGAUGAAGGUGAUCAAGGUUGACCAUGAGGCUCAUGGUGUUGACGCCCCAGAAGAUGUUGAGAAGAUAGAAUCUCUAAUGCGCGAGAGGAACUUGUCUUAG